CAGGGAUCUUUGUGCUAAGGGGUCACUGACGGAGCACCCGGAGGAAAGUCACAUUGCCAUCUGACAUACAACCAUUGCCGAUCGUGAGAAUCAAGCCUGCUUAAUACAUGUGCUGUUGUAUGUCACGGACUGCGUUCUCUUCAGAAGUUACUGACCAUCACCCAACUGACACUUACCAAAGCACUGGAAACGUGUUGCUAUGGAUACAGCUUCCCAAGAUGCAACGGGGAUUAUCAUCUGUAAACUAAAUCCAAGCUAAAAACUGUAAAUCAAAAACGUCAACAACAAAAAACCCACAUAAAACAGAGACUUAGUGUCAUCGUUGUGAAUAGAAGGGUCAUCGUCAGUAGGAUUGUCAAAAAUGCAGACUACAGGAAGCGUGGGAAAAGGGUCACGUUGAGCGUGUAAUUCGUGGCAAGAAGGCUAGUAAUUCCGGAGAUAGACCAAAGAAGACAUACUUUCUUACAGAAGAUGAUCAUAAUGGCAUCAACAAGCAACUCGGCGCAAUUAUCAGAAAUACGAACUUUAUUCACUGCAUAUGAUAAGAACAAAGAUGGCUUCCUCACUUCAAAAGAAGUUGCAGCACUGCUGCAGUCCGGAAAACUCAGUGCCAAUGUACCCUAUAAUGCCAUGCAAAAAAUAGUCCGAGAGGUGGAAAAAAGGGAUAAAAAGAUGGUGAGUAUGACACAAUUUACUGAACUUCUUGGGAAGCAUUGCUCCGAGUACAACCCGAUGGCGGACAUGUUAGAAGCUUUUAAAGUUUUUGACAAGAAUGGCGACGGUGUGAUCAGCGUGUCUGAGCUCCGCCAGGUGAUGAGCAAUCUAGGACAGAGUCUGACAGACAGAGAACUUCAGAAAAUGUUCCAGAACGCCGAUCAGGAUGGCGACGGCGAAAUUAAUUUCAAUGAAUUCUUACAGAUGAUGGCAAACAGCUGAAGAAAAAUGUUGGGCGUGAUUAUCGAAAUAUUCCACACGUGCUCUAAAAAACGAGACAAUAAGAGACACGCACUACUUGGCAGUACUUGCGUUCAAAUUAUACACUACAUCUACUUGUGUUUUUCAUAUGUUUAACACUUUUACAGUAAAUAUUGAAAUUCUCCAGUUUAGAUGAUUUUAAUGCGCAUAUUAUACAAUAGAUCAUGAAGUUACUUAACAUAAUAAAAGCCUUAACAUAAUAAAAUACGCUAUAUAUA